GCAGAGGGGGAGGUAAUCUGACAAAAGGGAAAGCGGGGAGCAGCAUCAAAAGAGAGAAGGAGAGACAGAGCUUGGAGAUUAUAAGUCUGGGAAGUGUUUAGUUUGCAGAGGGGAAAAUGCUCCGUUUCUCUCUGCCUCUCCUCGCCAUCUGUCUGGCAGCCUGGGCCCCCAGCGUGGUGGAUGGGGCCCCCCGCACGGUCGCCCCCACCCUCCUGCAACGGAAGCCCAGCAAGAGCCCCACCGCAGCAAGCCAGGUGACAGCAGCGCUCUCCAGGGCACCUUCCACCUCACCUGUGCCCUCCAGGAGCAAGCAGGUGAGGGGGACAGCCCGCCCGGAGCUCACCUCGCCCGCUAACCUCAGGACCACAGUCACACCUGGCAGACAGGGCAAGGAAGCGCCCUUUGCUACCACCAGCCAAGCCAAGAAGACCACGGUGGCCACGGAGAAGCCGGUUCUUGGGAAGAAAGGUACGGGUAUUCAUUGCCUCUUUACGCACAGGAGGGGGGUCUUUCUGAAAGGGAGAUUGUGGAUGCGCAGAGAAGUUUGUUGGGUGCAAGGUUUGGAAGAGGGAAAAGUCAGGCGAUGGUCCGUGCCACUGCAAGGAUUUUGCAAAGACACGGGUGUUUUCUCAAAGUCCAGCGGACAGUUUGAGGGUGCAGAGAUUCCUCUGGGAGAUUUAUGUAACUGGUCUUUGUUGGUGAGCCGCCCCCAGCAAGGAAAAUGAAAAGCUGGUUAGAAUCCAGCUUUCUGGAAUUAUCAUCACUCUGCCACAACAUCCGGGAGGAGCCCAGAGAACGUGUGAAUGGCUGUUUGGGUGUCAGAAAGAGUCCCCCUGGCCGUGUCAGAUGAUCUCCUUGCAAAUGCAAGGGUAGGGUCGUUCGCAGGUUAGAAUUUACCUGUGUUGAGCUCCGUGUUGGGAAACAACUUCCUAGAACUGUAGAGCUGGGGGGGGCGGACCCCCAAGGAUUCUCUAGUAUAACCCCCUGCGAGAAUUAAUUUCUACACAGGGUUCAGGCCAGAGAUACUAGCUGUACAGCUUGUCACACCAGUGCCACAGGAGAACAAUUAAGAGGCGCAGAACCAUAGAAUUGUAGAGUUGGAAGGAACAUCUUACAGUGCAGGAAUCAAAGAAUCCCUGCCAGAUGGCCAUCUCAUCUCUUGUUCAAAAACCUCCGGUGAAGGAGAGUUUGCCACCUUCAGAGGUAGUCCGUCCCACUGUCAAAAGUGUGAAGCAAAUGACUGUGUGUGUGUACUUCAGAUGAGAUGGCUCAGUCGGUAGAGCAGGAGAUUCUUAAUCUCAGGGUUGUGGGUUCGAGUCCACGUUGAGCAAAAGAUCCCUGCAUUGCAGGGGGUUGAGUUAGAUGACCCUCGGGUCCCUUCCAACUGUAUGAUUACCACUCUGUGUGUGUGGAUUGUUGUGGUGUGCAUUGUGCUGGGGGGGGGGGAAUGCAGUGACCUCUGGAUGUUUUGCCAUCCUUGGGGGGCCUCAUGCGCAAGUUCUGCAGGGCUGGAUGUCAAUCCUGCGAGGGUGAGGCGUUGGGAGGCUUACAUUGUGCAGCGCUAGGCAAUCCCAUUUACUUAUUUAUUUUGAGUACGGAACGUGCUGCCAUUUGACGCAAAUAGUUCCAGAUCUGGUAAUGACACACACAAAGUAACAGGCUGUAUGUAACAGUAUAACCUCUAUUUCAAGAAACAAUUCAACAUAUCAUGUCACAAUAUGUAAUUCCAUAGACCAAAUUAUCAUAUGAGCAGAACAUAUUCCAGCGGAUUGAUCAGGAGAUGCAGUCUAUUCAGUUCUUAUAUUAGCAAUAACCACGAGGUGGAAUGCUUAUAUCAAUCUUGUAGAGUUCCACUUGUCAGUGCUUUUGAGAAUUCUAGCAUUCCUUGUAAGUAGGUAUCAGAUGAAAAACUUGAAAGUAUGGCACAUGCAGAAAAUAAGACAAGGAUUCCAGGAUAAUUCCUUGUUUCGCCCAACCGGGCUUCGUCGGCUGUGCAUACUCUGGAUUAUAUAAACGAACAUAAUGUAAUGUAAUUUUAUGCAAAACUAAGUAACAUAACAUAAACAUUAAGCAAUAGAUUUACAUACCAGAUUCUUGUAUACCACAAACAUGGAACAUGGAACAUAAUGGAUUCAGUCAUCACAAUAACUGACCAGAAGUUUCUUUAUAUAAAGAGUUCCUCACAUGAUGAGAGCUUUGCGUUGUUAGCGUGUGGCUUGUUGUGGUGGUCAGCGUGUUGUCUGGAUGGUACUUUGCUACCGGGAGGGAAUUGUGGUGUGCAAAACCAGUGUUGAGUUUUGCAGACCUGAGUUGGGCAUUUUGCAAUUCUGGGUCAUGGCACGUGCCGUGUGGUUUGUUUUGCAGUGUAACCACACUGGGGUGUGUUGUUUUGCAGCGUCAUUCACAUAUAUUUGCGUUCAACCGCUAACCGUUUCCGCGUGACCUGCGCUUUAUGGACCUCUGUGACACCGUUUGCACUUCAUUCAUCUAUAUUUACAAGAAUAUUUACAGACCACUCUUCCGUGGAAAAAAAGCCAUAAGCCAUGCCGUAUAUUGAAGAGUUAUAAACAAACAUUAAAUUCACCAUUGGGGAAGGAUGUCUUCUGAAUUGCCUGGAGGAACAGAAGCUCUUUCAAUAGUGUUUAAAAUUGGGCGCAGAAGUUGCCCACUGAAUCUCCAGUGGCAGAGAGUUCCACAGGACUGGGUCAAUUGCACCAAAGCCCUCAUUUUUCGGUGUUGUCAAAUGAGCCUCACCCACGAUGCUAAUGUAUUGGCAUGACCGGCAUGCCUUUGUGGUGCUACGCAAGGGGUCUCCGUGUUAUGUGGGGCACCUUUGCACAAACCGCAGGCGGCUUUGCAGUGUUUCAAGCUGACCUACCUGCUGCCUACUUUGCAAUUCCUGGCACAGCUAGGGGGGGGGUCAUGGCAGGCUGCCAGGCUGCACAGACCGCCAAGAGCUGCAGGCAUCACGGUGCCAGGGGAUGCCACCCUUCUGCUGACUCUGCAUUUGCAAGCUUGGCAUGAGAACAGAAGGUGAAGCUGCCACAAGGAGGCUUCUGAUGUAGCAGCUGCUACUCUCCACGCCUGGAAGCUGCCUUACACUGAACCAUUGGCCUAUCUAGCCCAAUAAUGUCUACACUGACUGGCAGUGGUUUUUCAGACAGGAAGAUACUGGGCAUUGAACCUGGCACCUUCUGCAUGCAGAGCAAAUGAUCUACCACUAACGUACCCUCCAAGUGCCCCCAUUUUCCAGGAAUUACAGAAGCCAUCCCGGUUUCUGACUUGAUCCCAUAUAUAUGACCCUAAAUAUUUUUUUCAUAUGCAAAACAGACAUGGGCAUAGCCAGGAGCGGGGGGGGGCAGCUGCCUUCCCCAAAUCAAAUAAAUAAAUAAAAAUACUUACGUAUUUUUUGCUCCAUAAGACACACCUGACCAUAAGACACACCUAGUUUUUAGAGGAGGAAAACAAGAACAAAAAUAUUCUGAACGAAACAGUGGAUGUAUGAUUUUUGUGGUUCAUGCUGUGGCCACAGACAUGUGAUUUGACGGUGAGUUUGGGGUAGCCCAAUGCAAUAAUCCUGAGGAUCCAUGUGGAUCCAUGCUUUGUAACCACUUUUUUGCGCCAUUGCGGCCCCACGAAACAGUGGAUGCGUGAUUUUUUGGUGCAGGCUAUAGCCAUGGACAUGCUAUGUGAUCUGAUGGCAAAUUUGGGGUGACCCAAUGCAAAGAUCCUGAGGAUCCAUGUGAAUCCUUGCUUUGUAUUUUUUUAAAAAAUCAUUUUUAUAAAGUUUCCCAUUUUAACAAUCCAGUCAAAUCACAUUGAAUGUUCCAAAUUAUACAAAUACAUAUCAAAUAGUCCAAAUAUUCUGCCUCAAUUAUUAAAAAAAAAAAAUUGUUGGGACUUCCCAUGCUUCAAGUUCGGGGGGCUCUGAUCAUCUCAUAUCUCUGCUGCCUUGAAUAGUCUUUCUAAUAGUUCCUUUAAAUCUUCCUGUUGUUAACCAUCCUUCUUUCAUGGCCUCUGAGUUGUUUCCACAAGCAAGUUGAAAUAAGCAAUGAUGUGUUUCUGUGUGGGUGGAUCCGUGCUUUGUAACCACGUUUUUGCGCCAUUGCGGCCCCACGGAACAGUGGGUGCGUGGUUUUUUUGGUAACUAACUGACCAACUGUGUCACAGAAGGGAGGCUGCAUUCCUCGAAAGGUUUUCUUCCCCGUCUGAUAGCUGGCUGGCUGGCUGGCUCUCUCCGCUCCAGGCUCCCACGCCGCGCCUGGUGCUGCGGAUGCAAGCUGGCUUCCUCGCUUCGCUUCGCCUCUCCGAAGGGGGUUGGUUGAAGGAAAGCGGCUGGAUCUGAUGGAGCUGAGCCAGAGAGCUGAGCUUGCACAGAGCAGGCACUGUUUGUGGGGGCCUCCUGCAUCCUGUUCCACAGCGUGGGGCUGCAAGGCUGCUGGGGGUGUGGGAGGGAAGGUUUUGCCAAAGUAAGAAAGGAAACCCUUUUCAUUCGCAUGCAUGCAAGGGGGAAAACUUACUGCACAGGAUUUCAAGGUUCCACACUUACGCAGGAAGAACCAGCUGCAAAAAUAUAUAGUAUUUUGGGGGGGCAGGAUACUCCUGGCUUGACAGCAGGACGUGGGGAAAGGAUUGAGGGGUUUUAGUAGACCACAAGCUAAACAUGUGAUGCAGUGUGCAGCCGUGUGAUGCAGCAGCAAAAAAAGCUAAUGGUAUUCUAGACAGCAUCAACAGAAGUUUAGGGUCCAGAUCAAGGGAAGUAAUGUUGUUGUUUGUUGUUUACUCGUGUCCGACUCUUCAUUACCGCCUGGACCAGAGCACCCCAGGCACUCCUGUCUUCCACUGCCUCCCGCAGUUUGGUCCAAACUCAUGCUGGUAGCUUCGAGAACACUGUCCAACCAUCUCGUCCUCUGUCGUCCCCUUCUCCUUGCGCCCUCCAUCUUUCCCAACAUCAGGGUCUUUUCCAGGGAGUCUUCUCAUCUCAUAAGGUGGCCAAAGUAUUGGAGCCUCAGCUUCAGGAUCUGUCCUUCCAGUGAGCACUCAGGGCUGAGUUUCUUCAGAAUGGAGAGGUUUGAUCUUCUUGCAGUCUGUUCCAGAAGUCUGUUUGACUUCUGACAUGUUCGAAAACCAAGGUGCAGGUUCUGAUUGGUGCAGGCUCCCCAGAAACAAUAGCAGAUAACCACAUCGGAUGUUCGGCUUCUGAAAAACGUUCGAAAACCAGAACACUUACUUCUGGGUUUUUGGUGUUUAAGAACCAAGGCGUUUGAGUACCAAGAUACCACUGUAUAUGAAGCCCUUAACAACCUAGAGCCAGUUUACCUGUGUGAUCGCUUUGCCCAGCAUGUGCCCACAGUGCUACUCCAAUCACCAAAAGGAGCCACUUCCUACCCAUUCCACAUUGGCAAGAAUUCGAUACUUUAAAGUGUGGCAGCACCUAGGGAACUCCCUGCCACUUGAUAUCAGGCAGGUACCUUCACUGUAUCCUUUUUGGUGCCUGCUAAAGACAUCCUUGCUUCGGCAAACCAGUCCAGAUGUUUAAAAAGUCGGUGUGAGUUUUAAACUCUUUUUAGCCCGUUGUUAUUUCAACUUAAAUUGCUGCUCUUAUUUUUCUUCUUAUUGAUAAUGUCGUUUUAUCUUUUUUUGUAAACUGUUCUGAGAGAUGGUUUCUGUCUUUUUUCUUCUUUUUCUACAAUGAAGCAGUGCAUAAAUAUUUUGAACUACUACUAAUAAUAAUAAUAAAAUUUUAUUUAUACCCCACCCUUCCUGGUUUAAAAACUGGGCUCAGGGUGGCUAACAGCAAAUAUAAAACAUUGAUUAAAAUGUGACUUAAAAACAGCAUAAAACAGCAACUAAACAAACAAAAACGUUUGUCUUUGUCUUUCUCCAGUUGUGAAGAAGGUUGUGAAGAAGAAGGUCGUGAAGAAGAAAGUCAAACUUUCCCCCCAGGAAAGAGCUGCCAAAGAAGCCUCAGGUAAGCCAUCUGCCAUGGAUACUUUAGUUGGGAUUCCUGUAUUGCAGGGGGUUAGACUAGAUUGUUAGCGGAGAAAACUGAGGGCUCCAUUGGACAAAAAACAAGGACACCAGCCAGGAAUACCAGAGCAAAACAGCAGCCAGUAGGCUUGGCCUUUAUUGAAGACUGUCGCCACAGGACUCCCACCUGCCACCAGGUGGAACAAGAUGGAAGCCCCGAACAAACGAGCCCCCAAACUUUUAUUAGCUGCUAAUCCCCAUGUUGGGACGCGGGUGGCGCUGUGGGUUAAACCACAGAGCCUAGGACUUGCCGAUCAGAAGGUCGGCGGUUCGAAUCCCCGCCACGGGGUGAGCUCCUGUUGCUCGGUCCCUGCUCCUGCCAAAUUAGCAGUUCGAAAGCAUGUCAAAGUGCAAGUAGAUAAAUAUGUACCUCUCCGGCGGGAAGGUAAACGGCGUUUCAAUGUGCUGCUCUGGUUCGCCAGAAGCAGCUUAGUCAUGCUGGCCACAUGACUCGGAAGCUGUAUGCCAGAGUCGGUCACGACUGGACCUAAUGGUCAGGGGUCCCUUUACCUUAAUCCCCAUGUUACACACCCCCCAAACUACAUCACUAAUACAUCAUGGUUACAUCAUGAAAGGGGAGGCCUGGUGGCAGUAAUCUGAGCAUCCUGGACCCUGCCCCAUGGUUCUCCUUGCCCUCCACCAAACACCCAUCAAGUGUAACAAAAAAGAUAUUUACAUUUCCCUGUUUCCCAGCCAAAUUAAUCACACCCUUUUGUCUUCAUCUGGGUUUGUUAUUUCUGGAAUGUUUGUUAUGUCUGGAACUCAGGUAUCAGGAUGCCAGGGAUUGUCACUCAGGCAGAGGGGCUGCUGAGUAGCUGAGCUCACAGGUCUAUAUGAAUUUCUGAAGUUUUCCCUGUAAGCCAGUACAUAGAUACAUUGAUCAGUGAAUUCUUACAUUUGGUAUUGUGCAGCAGAGGCCCUUUGAACAGAUAGGAAGAAACUGUGAUGAAGUGUUUUGUGGGGACAAAUCACAAAAGUCAAAAAAGCGAUUGUGCUGAUUUUGGUAGUGGGCUGCAUGUGCAUGAUAUCUGCUGGAGGGGCAAACACCCUCCCACCCCCAACCUAUACAUAAAUUCCUGCAACAUAGUUUCUAGCCCUUUUUCCAGAGCAGCCACAAGGCCAACGGCUGCGGCUUGUUGGUGGAGCCCAGAACCUCACGCAACACAAAUCCUGUGCAUUUAGGUCAGGCAAACAGACUUCCACCUGAACACACUCAACACACAUCCAUAGAAAACAGCAGUCGUCCCUUUAAGGCACUCUGGCAAAUGCAUUCUCCCUGACUUUAAAACUUCUUACAUAAAGAUGGCUUUGGAUUUCCUAAGUUUUAGAGGCCGGCCGGCUCAGGCUCCCUCAAGUUAUCCUUGGAAAGCCACCUCUGUUAUUCUUUGCCUCGGGGAGGUUUGGAGGCUUCGUUUGGCAUUGAGAGCUCAUGUGUGUUUGGCCGUGCCAGGCGAAACACUGGCAGGGAAUGCACCCUCCCUGCUCCCUGGCAUCGCCUCUGUAGAUGUGCACAUGCCAAGUUGGCCAGGAAAGGGGAAGGGUUCUUGUUGAGCUUGGAGCAAAGAGAAAAGGGACCAUUCACACAAUCCCAAGACACCCAUGUCAGGGUAGAAAUUUGUUGUUGUUCUUUAGUCGUUUAGUCGUGUCCGACUCUUCGUGACCCCAUGGACUAGAGCACGCCAGGCACUCCUGUCUUCCAUGGCCUGCCGCAGUUUGGUCAAACUCAUGCUGGUAGCUUCAAGAACACUGUCCAACCAUCUCGUCCUCCGUCGUCCCCUUCUCCUUGUGCCCUCCAUCUUUCCCAACAUCAGGGUCUUUUCCAGGGAGUCUUCUCUUCUCAUGAGGUGGCCAAAGUCUUGGAGCCUCAGCUUCAGGAUCUGUCCUUCCAGUGAGCACUCAGGGCUGCUUUCCUUCAGAAUGGAUCGGUUUGAUCUUCUUGCAGUCCAUGGGACUCUCAAGAGCCUCCUCCAGCACCAGAAUUCAAAAGCAUCAAUUCUUUGGCGAUCAGCCUUCUUGAUGGUCCAGCUCUCACUUCCAUACAUCACUACUGGGAAAACCAUAGCUUUAACUAUACAGUGGUACCUCAGGUUAAUUACUUAAUUCGUUCUGGAGGUCUGUACUUAACCUGAAACUGUUGUUAACCUGAAGCACCACUUUAGCUAAUGGGGCCUCCUGCUGCUGCCGCGCCGGAGCCCGAUUUCUGUUCUCAUCCUGUCAUCCUGAAGCAAAAUUCUUAACCUGAAGCACUAUUUCUGGGUUAGCGGAGUCUGUAACCUGAAGCGUAUGUAACCUGAAGCGUAUGUAACCUGAGGUACCACUGUACGGACCUUUGUUGGCAAGGUGAUGUCUCUCCUUUUUAAGACAUCACCUUGCCAACAAAGGUCCGUAUAGUUAAAGCUAUGGUUUUCCCAGUAGUGAUGUAUGGAAGUGAGAGCUGGACCAUAAUUAGGCCCCUGAAACAGACUUUGGAUAUGCCUGCUGCAGAGGAAUAUUUGAAGUCACUGGAAGAGUCAAAAUAGCUUCAGGAUUGCUCUCCUGUACUAUUUCAGACACGUGGUUUAUAUACUUAGGUAUGUGUUUGCCUUGUAACUUUAUGAACAUAUGAUUUAUAUAUAUGAGACCUUAGAAUUCCUAUAACAGAUGCGGGGACAGAUGGACGACAAGGCUCCUGCGCCUUUAAGAGUUGCGCAACACCCAGAGCUGUGCAUGGCUUUGCCCAAGGAACAUCUGCUCAUGUGACUGGGCUGCUCAGGGUGCAGGACUCCUUGCCAGCUGGAAAGGUCAGCUGACUGCACAAUUGGCUCCGAGCGCAGACUGUGCGGCAGAAUUUGGAUUUCAUUUUAUCGGUGGCAGAGGCAGACUGGGAAUGGGGGAGGAGAGAGGGGUACGUGAACCUAUUUCCCCUCCGGUUUUGGCAUUUGGAAGAGUUUCAGAAAAGGGGGAAAGUUUCAGCGUUUUGAGGCUUUUCAGUUUGGAGAAAACACAAGUGAGAGGUGAAAUAGAAUAAUAAUAAAAGUUAGUAUAGCUUUUAAAAGUGCCAUGUGAGCGAGAUGAAUAAACGCCCAGCAGUAAAAGAUAAUGGGAGAGGAUUUACCCCAGCAAAUUAUUUGUCAAAAUUACGAAUACCUAAACACAGACGUUCAUUUGCCCUCUCUAGAUUCAACGCGCUGCCAUCUGCCUUAUUGCAGGGCAGAUUUCAGGGUAAACCAUACGCGGAACGAGUCUGCCCCUGCGGCUUGAUGGAGGUAGAAACUGCCUGCUCCUAGGCCAGAAACAACUUCAAUCCUGAAAAAAGCUCAACAACUUUGGUGUAAAAUCAUAAAAAAGUUCAACGACUGCAAUCCUAAAAACAGGUUAAUAACUUUGGUCAGCCCUUUGGUCUGCCCUCACGGCCCUUCACUUCAUCAAAUCUGGCCCUCUUUAAAAAAAGUUUGGACACCACUGCAAAUGGGGAGGCAAAUGGGGAAAGCCUUCCCAUUGUCUUUUUGCUCACAAAUCCUGUCUCAAGGGUGUAUUUAGCAUCUUGGCCAGGCUGCCCAGGUAAUGCAAUCAGUGACCAUUAUCAGGUAUCCUGGCAGGCAGGAUUUCUGCUGUAGACCACCUCCUUCUGUGAUGCAUGCAUGAUGUUUUGAGGGGGUGGUCUUGGGCUACAGGGUGGGCAAUUUCAAAAGUCUAUAUAAGGGCUUGCACACCAUUGUUCGGGGUUCCUCUCCUCCCUCCCUGAGUGGGGUGAGCUGGGGACCCUGUUGCAACAGUUUAAUAAAGAUCAGGCUUCCUAGCUGCUUUGCUUCUCGAUAUUCUCUGGUUGGCCUCUGUUAUUUUCUCCUACCAAUAGAGAACCCACUUAAGGACUCUGUAGGGGCUCUUGGAUAACCCAUAAGGGAAAAGGAGAGGGUUUUUUCUAUAACACAUCCAUGCACACUCACACCCCAAAUCCUGGCCCCCACAUGCCUCUUGAUUGCUUCAGUCUGCUUGUUCUGCACAAAUAAUCUCCUGGCUGCUGUGGAGAAGCGCAAGGAGGGGGGAGGGAGACCCACUUUCAAAGAGUGCGGUCAGACUUCUCAUCAGCUUAAGCCUAGGCUGUGCUCUGGUGCUUUUGACUCAUCCAAGAGACUCGUAGAAGAAACAGCAGUGCGGUUUUGACGGCCCCUUACAAUUGCAGGCUCACACAGAGACAGGCAGGAGCAAACCCCUCCGCUCAAUUUCUUUCACAUGGGCUUGGAAUUCAACUUAUUUCUCUUCCCCAUGGAGAGACAUCCUCUGUACCAAUUUCAGACACUGGCCUGUGAGCGCUCCAAUUGGAGAACGGCCUUUACCAAAGGUGUCAUGGGUUUUGAAGACACUCGAACUCAGGACGAAAGGGAGAAACGUGCCAAGAGGAAGGCACGCUUGACAAAUCCUCACAGUGAUCAACUCCCUCUUAGAAACCAAUGUCCCCACUGUGGAAGGACAUGUGGAUCCACAAUUGGCCUCCACAGUCACUUACGGACUCACUGUUAAGACCAUGUUUAUGGAAGACAAUCUAGAUAGAUAGAUAGAUAGAUAGAUAGAUAGAUAGAUAGAUAGAUAGAUGAUAGACACACACACACAUAUAUAAUUUUAUUAAUUUUUUAACAUAUCAUUUCAACAGUAAUUAAACAUACUUUUACAUCUUAUUCAAUUUUUUUGACUUCCAUCAGUCCUGUCUGAAAACUUUCCAAUCUAAUCUCUUAGUAUGCAUUUCUUAUUUUCCCUAUUACAUUUCAAACUCAUAACCAAUAUCUCUGUUUUUCUGCUUUGUAACACUUCGUAUUUUUUUCUCCUUACAAAACUUCUUGAAUUCCUACUAGCGUAAUUUGUUGAUUGCAGUUGCUCUUCAAAUAAUUCAUAUAGUUCUUCCGAUCUUCUGUAAAUCUCUGGUCCUGCAGGCUUCGAAUCCUUCCUGUCAUUUUGUCCAAUUCUGCAUAGCCCAUUAAUUUCGUCUGCCAUUCUUCUUUUGUCGGAAUUUCUUCUUACUUCCAUUUCUGGUCUAACAAUACUCUAUGGAAGAAAGUCUUACUCGGCUAUGAGUGAUCGCCAAAGAAGAAGAAGACGACACACCAAACAUUUAUAGCACAUCAAUGCCCUCCUGCAAAGAAUCCUGGGAACUGUGGAGAACCCUUCACAGAGUUACCAUUCCUAGCACCACCAACAGACCACCGUUCCCAAGAUAUGUUUGGCAUCUCGCAGGCACCAGCAAAGAGGGAUCAUUGGGGAGAAAUCCUCAUAUCUCGAGAAUUUUGUUGAUCCCCCGCCCUCUCUCUGUCUGUCUCCCAUCUCACUCUCCUCCUCCUCUUCCCCUCCCAUUUCUAACCAGAAUGCCCCCCGCUGGGCCUUGAGUCUCUGAGGGUAAAGGACUUCCAGCUCCGGGCUUCUAGCUACAAGCGAAUGGGCCUCGGACCCCAUCGUGGGAGACUCAACAUACAGGUAAACGCACACAGCUUGCAGUGCCCUCACCCACCAACAGGAGGAGCAGUUGGGGAAGAUCAAGGUGGGCUGGGUGCAGGACUCUGGCUUGUGACAUCACUGAUCGCAGGAGGGAGAGUUGCUCUUGUGUUUGGGACAGGGGUGUAGCAUGCCCCGGGCGCACAAUUUUUGAGCGGGCACAAACCAGGUGCCCACACACACCUGGUCUCCUCCCCACCCACCAAGGGCCGUGUCGGCCAGCCGGGCUUCCUCUUGUGCAGGCAGGCAGGAAAAAUAAAAUAGAAUAGAACAGAAUUUAUUAUUUAUACCCCGCCCAUCUGGCUGGGCUUCCCCAGCCACUCUGGGCAGCUUCCAACAAAGUAUUAAAAUACAGUAGUCCGUUAAACAUUAAAAGCUUCCCUAAACAGGGCUGCCUUCAGAUGUCUUCUAAAAAUCUGGUAGUUGUUUUUCUCUUUGACAUCUGAUGGGAGGGCGUUCCACAGGGUGGGUGCCACUACCGAGAAGGCCCUCUGCCUGGUUCCCUGUAACUUCGCUUCUCGCAGCAAGGGAACCGCCAGAAGGCCCUCGGCGCUGCCGCUCCCAGUCACCAGUCUAGCUGCCGCAUUCUGGAUUAGUUGUAGUUUCCGGGUCACCUUCAAAGGUAGCCUCAUGUAGAGUGCAUUGCAGUAGUCCAAGCAGGAGACAACCAGAGCAUGCACCACUCUGGCGAGACAGUCUGUGGCCAGGUAGGGGCUCAGCCUGUGUACCAAAUGGAGCUGGUAAACAGCUGCCCUGGACACAGAAUGGACCUGCGCCUCCAUGGACAGCUGUGAGUCCAGAAUGACUCCCAGGCUGCGCACCUGGUCCUUCAGGGGCACAGUUACCCCAUUCAGGACCAGGGAGUCCUCCACACCCGCCUGCCUCCUGUCCCCCCAAAACAGUACUUCUGUCUUGUCAACCUCAAUCUGUUAGCCGCCAUCCAUCCUCCAACCGCCUCCAGACAUUCACACAGGACCUUCACUGCCUUCACUGGUUCUGAUUUGAAAGAGAGGUAGAGCUGGGUAUCAUCUCCAUAUUGAUGAACACCCAACCCAAACCCCCUGAUGAUCUCUUCCAGCAUGGCUCUGCUUUGCUCCCGUGGGGGUGGGGCCACAUUGGCAGAGAGGGAUGGACUGAUGCCCCUCCCUGCCCGGUGCUUGUGCAUCCACCCCAGGUGCCAGCAAACAAUGCUAUGCCACUGUUUUGGGUCCUGCUUCCAAGCUUCCCACAGAUCCCUGGUGUUAUUUUCCUUAGUGGGUUGUGUGUACUGCAGUUUUGAAUAAUGCUUUUUAUAGGGUCGGGGGCACUGGGGAUGGGUUUGUGGAACCAAGGGGGCGGUGGCCCGAGAAAGUUUGGGGACCACUGCCAUAGAUGAUGCCAAACAAUUAAACCCCUGUGUUGCAAACAAUUAUCAGUAACAUCCAAGGCAAUACGAUGACCCAAGUGGUUACAUAAUUUUAUGACCACUGCUCCAUAGCAUAGACAGGUUUAUGAAGCAUUUCUGUAUCCUUCUGCUGUGCUGAAGAAGAAUUCCACGAAACAGUGGGUAUAUCCGGAAUCACUGUUCACUAGGUCUCUUUGCGGACCACUUCGGCAGUGUUGGACGUCAUAAAACAAAGCUUUACAGCUUGUUUUCAUCAAAUAAGAAUCUGGCCCAUUGCUUCUUUCAGAGACUUGCAUAGUCUACAAAGACUUUCAAAAACUUAUAAGACUUAUAUUUAUUUGGUUCUAUGUUUUCAAGAGAAUCCAUCAAGAGUGCACAUUUUGUGACUUUCAGAGAUUUAUAAGAUUUCUGUUUAUUUGGUUUUUCAUAUUGCUCAAUGUUCCGUAUAGAUUAUAUAAAGAGUUUAUAUUGAUAUUGCAUUGUUGUACUUGGUCAUGGUGUUGCCUUGGAUAUUACUGAUAAUUGUUUGCAACACAGGAGUUUAAUUGUUUGGUUACUUAUAGAUGAUGCCAGGCCAGAUGAACCCAUGGGAUGACUCCGGGUAACCCAGGAAUAUUGCACCAGUCUAGAGCAUCCUGGCUCGCAACACAGUGUGCAUUUGCAACAUUGCUUGCAAGAUUGCAGAGGAACCCGGAGUGCGCCUCUCAGUUCCAGUGGUGCCACUAAAUGUGUUGUUGCAAUUGUAUGGCUGGCCUCUGUCACACAUGCACCCUCCCUGCCAAUGCAGCUACCAGAACCCAAUCUCUGCUCUCAGCAAAUGACUCCUUUGUGUCCUGCAUCCUCAGCCAAAACCCCAACUCCUCUCUGCUUUCCUCUGCUCUAGUCUGGCAUCAACGAUGGCGAUUUCUACGACGGCGGCUGGUGCGCUGGGCAUGAAAACAAGAACCAGUGGCUGGAGGUGGAUGCCCGGCAGCCGACCCGUUUCACCGGGGUCAUUACACAAGGCCUGAACUCCAUUUGGACGUAAGCCCCGGGAUGUUUCCCCAUGAGCGAAUGUGGACCAUGGGCUGAAAGGGAUUCCUAGGGAUUCAGUAGAUUUCCCAGCCCCUAAUUGAUUUACCUUUGUGCAUUCGCCUGUUCAGUCUGCUUUUCUUCCCCCAGAUAUGACUGGGUGACGUCAUAUAAGAUCCAGUUCAGCAACGACACUCACAGCUGGCAGCCGUGCAUGAAUGGGAGUGAGGAGAUGGUGAGUCCACUCGGGUCCUCAGGGGUCCUGGAUGAGAUGCCAGGCUCUCCGAUUGCCUGGGCCUAGAAUCCCUGGUUCUCUCUGAUUGGCUGGACUUGGUGAUGCCAGGGUCUCUAAUUGGCUGGACCUGGGGUGCCGGGCUCUUCGAUUGGCUGGACUUACGAUGCCAGUUUCUCUGGUAUCAGUUGAGUAUCCAAGAGUUUGGGUGCCACCACAAAGAAGACCUGGCUCUCAGCCACCAUCACCCACUUUAACUGCAGAGAGCAGUGAGCAGCCAAAGAAUGGGCUUUAUAGAUUACAACCCUCAUAAAUCGGCAGACUGGCCUAGGAGCAGGCAGCCUUGAGAAAACCUAAAUCCCAAGCCAGAAAAGCUGUGAGUCUGAAUCAGUAGAUUAAUCAACUCAAAAGCUUUGGUUGAUUAAAUUGGUGGGGCUCUGAGUUAAGGAUCUGCUUGCUUGCUUGCUUGCUUGCUUGCUAUCUUAGUUCUUGUGUGCUGUUUUAAUAGUACAGCAUGAGACUCUUAAAGUCGUGGGUUCAAGUCCCAAGUUGGACAAGAGUCCCUCAUUGCAGCGGGUUGGACUAGAUGACCCUCAUGGUUGCUUCCAGUUCUAUGUCUUUUCUUUCUAACCAAGAUGCCCUCAGGGCACUGCCUGAACUUUGUCAAGCUUUCCUUGGAGGUCAUACGGGAUAGAAACUCCUUUUCUUCUCCUUGUAAUUGCAGUGGGAGCUGCGAUUCUCAGAAUCCCUUACCCUGUCCAAAUUCUGGCACUUCUUCUGCAAGGCUGGCAAUGCACACAUCGCCGUGUACACAUAACCUGAAGUGUUCCACGUGGCCUUUUCAGCAUUAAGAGCUACCCUCCGUCCUUAAGAAGCAAAUGAACAAUAGUUUGACUGAGCUGGGUCUUGGCACCAGGGCAGCAGCAGAGAUCCAAACCUGGGUCUUGUCCCAGGAGGACGUGCCAAGCCAACCAAAGGGAAAUCAAGGGCCUCUGUGCCCUUUUGCCAAAGGAAACCAGGGGCCUCACUGCCUCCCUUUAGGGAGGGAGCAGUAGCUCAGCGGCAGAACAUCUGCUUGGCAUGCGGAACAUCUCAAGUUCAUUCCCCACUGGCAUCUUCGGCAGAGAGAGUCCUGCCCCAAAUCUUGGAGAGCUGCUGCCAGUCAGUGUAGGAAAUGCUGAAAUACAGGGACACCUGGCUGAAGCCCUGGAAAUGUGCAGGAGCACCUCCCCUUGCAUGCACAAGGUCCCGGGUUCAAGAUACGAUCACACAUUGCUGCUUUCCCUGACCUGGUGCCCUCCAGCUGUGUUGAACUACAAAGCUGUUCCAGAGAUCCAGACUCGUUGCUUAAUUUCUAGGGGUCUUAGUCGGACCACAGGCUUAACAUGAGUCCACAGUGUGAUGCAGCAACAAAAAACCCUAAUGCUAUUCUAGGUUGCAUCAACAGAAGUGUAGUGUCCAGAUCAAUAAUAAUAAUAAUAAUUUAUUAUUUAUACCCGGCCCAUCUGGCUGGGUUUCCACAGCCACUCUGGGUGGCUUCCAACAGAACACUAAAAUGCAAUAAGCUAUUAAACAUUAAAAGCUUCCCUAAAGAGGGCUGCCUUCAGAUGUCUUCUAAAAGUUUGGUAGUUGUUUUUCUCUUUGACAUCUGGUGGGAGGGUGUUCCAUAGGGCGGGGCCACCACCGAGACGGCCCUCUGCCUGGUUCCUUGUAACUUGGCGUCUCGCAGUGAGGGAACCGCCAGAAGGCCCUCGGAGCUGGACCUCAGAACGAUGGGGGUAGAGACGCUCCUUCAGGUGUACUGGGCCAAGGCCGUUUAGGGCUUUAAAUGUCAGCACCAACACUUUGAAUUGUGCUCGGAAACAUACUGGGAGCCAAUGUGGGUUUUUCAAGACCAGUGUUAUAUGGUCUCAGCAGCCGCUCCCAGUCACCAGUCUAGCUGCCCCAUUCUGGAUUAAUUGUAGUUUCUGGGUCACCUUCACAUGGAGCGCAUUGCAGUAGUCCAAGUGGGAGAUAACCAGAGCAUGCACCACUCUGGCGACACAGUCUGCGGGCAGGGAGGGUCUCAGCCUGUGCACCAGAUGGAGCUGGUAGACAGCUGUCAUGGACACAGAAUUGACCUGCGCCUCCAUGGACAGCUGUGAGUCCAGAAUGACUCCCACGAUGCGCACCUGGUCCUUCAGGGGCACAGUUACCCCAUUCAGGACCAGGGAGUCCUCCACACCUGCCCUCCUGUUCCCCCAAGGACACUCCUUCUGUCUUGUCAGGAUUCAACCUCAGAUCAGGUUAUGUGAACACGGCAAUGUGUGCAUUGCCAGCCUUGAAGAAGAAGUGCCAGAAUCUGGACAGGUUAUGGGAUUCUGACAAUUGCAGCUCCCAUUGCAAUUAAAAGAAGAAGAAAAUGAGAUCAAGGGAAGGAAUAGUCCCACUCUAUUCUGCCCUGGUCAGACCACACCUGGAGUCCUGUGUCCAGUUCUGGGCACCACAAUUUAAGGAGAAUAUUCAGAAGCUGGAAUGUGUACAGAGGAGGGCAACCAAGAUGAUCAAGGGGCUGGAAACCAAGCCUUAUGAGGAAUGGUUGAAGGAGUUGGGUAUGUUUAACCUGGAAAAUAAUAAUAAUAAUAAUAAUAAUAAUAAUAAUAAUAAUAAUAAUUUAUACCCCGCCCUCCCCAGCCAGAGUCGGGCUCAGGGCAGCUAACACCAAUAAAAUCACAGUAAAAACAUAAUAGGGGGAAGGAGGGUGGGAGUAAAAGGAAGACAAGCCCAAUUUAAAAUACAGGUAAAAAAAAAACAAUUUAAAAUGCAGCCUCAUUUUGAAAGUAGCCCAUAGAUCAAAACCAUAAGGGGACGGAAACAGAAGCGUCAGACUGAGUCCAAACCAAAGGCCAGGUGGAACAGCUCCGUCUUGCAGACCCUGUGGAAAGAUGUCAAGUCCCGCAGGGCCCUAGUCUCUUGGGACAGAGCGUUCCACCACGUCAGGGCUAGUGCUAAAAAGGCCCUGGCCCUAGUUGAGACCAAUCUAACCUCCUUGAAGCUCGGGACCUCCAAAGUGUUGUUAUUUGUGGACCUUAAGAUCCUCCACAGUGCAUACCAGGAGAGGCAGUCCCGUAGGUACCUGGGUCCUAGGCCGCAUAGGGCUUUAAAGGUCAAAACCAGCACCUUAAACCUGACUCUGUACUCCACUGGGAGCCAGUGAAAAGAGGAGACUGAGAGGAGAUAUGAGAGGCAUCAUCAAAUAUCUGAAGGGCUGUCAUAUGGAAGAUGGAGCAAGUUUGUUUUCUCCUGCCCUGGAGGGUAGGACUCGAACCCAUGGCUUCACGUUACAAGGAAGGAGAUUCCAACUAAACAUCAGGAAGAACUUUCUGACAGCAAGAGCUGUCCAGACUCUCCUUCCUUGGAGGCUUUUAAGCAAAGGUUGGGUGGCCAUCUGUCAGGGAUGCUUGAGAUUCCUUCAUUGCGGGGGGUUGGACUAGAUGACCCUCAGGAUCCCUUCCAACUCUACAAUGCUAUGAUUCUAUUUUGCUGGAUGGGCAGCCUCAAAAUGACUCCCUCUCUCUCACCCGCUCCAGGUCUUCGCCGGAAACAAGGACCCUGAGACGCCGGUCCUCGGCCUCUUCCCCACUUCAGUGGUGGCCCGAUACAUCCGCAUCAACCCCCAAACGUGGUUUGAGAAUGGGACCAUCUGCCUGAGGCUGGAGGUCCUGGGUUGCGUAGUGCCAGGUGAGGGUCCUGUGUUCGAAUCUCGUGGGCAUUCCUGGCUCCAGGCUUGGAGCCGGACCUCAGUGUCCGGGCUGAAUGAUGGGGGUGGAGACGCUCCUUCAGGUAUACUAGCCCGAGACCAUUUAGGGCUUUAAAAGUCAGCACUUUGAAUUGUGUUCGGAAACGUACUGGGAGCCAAUGUAGGUUUUUCAGGACCGGUGUUAUAUGGUCUUGGCGGCCGCUCCCAGUCACCAGUCUAGCUGCUGUUUUCUGAAUUAGAUGGCUUUAAAAGAGAAGUAGAGAAAUUCACAGAGGAGAGGGCUAUCAAAGGCUGCUAGCCACAGUAACUACAGUGGUACCUCAGGUUACAUACGCUUCAGGUUACAGACUCCACUAACCCAGAAAUAGUGCUUCAGGUUAAGAACUUUGCUUCAGGAUGAGAACAGAAAUCGCACAGCAGCGGUGCGGCAGCAGCAGGAGGCUCCAUUAGCUAAAGUGGUGCUUCAGGUUAACAACAGUUUCAGGUUAAGAACGGACCUCCAGAACAAAUUAAGUUCUUAACCUGAGGUACCACUGUAUGCUGUGCCCUCCACAGCUGGAGGCAGCAGCGUUUGAAUCCUGCUUAUGGGUUUCCACAGGUAUCUGGCUGGCCACUGUGAGAACAGGACUGGAUGGGACGUUGGCCUGAUCCUGCAGCCUCUUCUUACAUCCUUAUGGUGCCCAGAGCAAGAGGAGGAGUGAACAGAGGUUGCAGAUCUAAAGAUAGCUCUUUGAUUGCUUUGCAUAUUUGUUUAGGAAAAGCGAGUGAGGAUCGCCUCGAAAAGCAAAGGCAACCAAUUUCCCCCCAAUGUCCUGGGACCUGGCUACGUCUGUAUUGGUUGGUUGGGGCCGAGUUGCUCACUUUACCAAAAAGUGCUUCCUUCCUGCCAUCCAACCAACCGCUCUAGUUGCCCCCGCCCUGUCGCCAAAACAGCUUGGCAGCCAGUGAAAUGUGUUACCCAAAGCUUUGUCAUCCUUCUCCCUCUUGUCUUUCCAGACCCCAACAACAUCUACUCGUGGGACGCGGCGCCUGUGACCACAGACAAAUUGGACUUCAGGCACCACAACUACAAGGACAUGAGGAAGGUGGGUUGCAAGAUGCAGAGAAAGAAACAUCUCUAGGGCUGUGAAAAGCUUGCAAUGCAUUCUGUGUGGGGCUUCCCAUGUACUUGAUCUGGAAGCACAACCCAAUCACUUGCCUGACUAGGGGCCUAAAUUUGAGUAUUGUAAUAAACGAAAAUCUGCCCUUAUUCCCUUAUGGGAGACACAAGGGCCCUUAUAGAGUCUUUUGCAGGUUCUCCAUCAGUCAGAGAAAAUAACAGAGGCCAACCAGAGAAUGUUGAGAAGCAAAGCAGCUCGUAAGCCUGAUCCUUAUUGAACUGUUGCAACAGGGUGCUCCCCUCACACGCAGGGCAGGAGGAGGAACCUGAACCAAGGUGUGCCCGCCCUUCUAUAGACAUUUUAAAUUGCCCGCCUGGAGUCCAAGACUACCCCCAGAUACAUCACAGAUAGGGCGGUCUACAGCAGAAAUCUGAGUGCGUUGUUUACCUCCUGUCUGGCAGGUUACCUGUUAACGCUUACUUGAUUGGACACCCUGGGGAGCCUGGCCAGUCUUUUGUAAUGAUAAAUACCUUAGUUCCUGAGGCAGGUCAUAGGCUCACCCUAUUCAUACAUAGACAUACCCUUAAGACAGGAUUUGUGAAGGAAAAGCCAAUGGGGAGGCGUUUCCAUUUUCCUUUGCAGAGAAAACAUUUGAUCAGUUUGGGAGCCAAAAAUGGUUUCAGGGCUGUUUUCCUGUGCUGCUUCAGACAUGUGGUUUAUAUAUUUAUGUACGCGUUUGCUUGGUACAUUUAUGAACAUUUAUUAUAUAUAUAAGACCUUAAUUUUUUUAUUUCAGUAGGUACCUGUAUAAAGGUAGGUAUUAUUAUCAUUAUAAUUAUGCACCCCCUCAGAUUGGUGCCCUUUGCAGGGUAAUUGCCUGCACUGUCCUAAAUCCGGCACCGUUGCAAUCCAUUACAGUAUGUGGAAUGGGUGUGGGCCAUUGUGGGCGCCAUUUUGCCCUUUGCCUCAGGCAGCAAAAUGUCUUGUGCUGGCCUUGAUGGCGGCGACCAGAACUGGGAGAAUGACAUGUGACAUUUCCCCCCGCGCAGCUGAUGAAGAAGGUGAACGACGCCUGUCCCAACAUCACCCGGGUAUACAGCAUCGGGAAGAGCUACCUAGGACUGAAAAUGUACGUCAUGGAGAUUUCUGACAAUCCCGGGCAGCAUGAAGUUGGUGAGUGAAGGAGCUGAGCCUCAUCCAAGCCGAUUUCAUAGCAGCUUCGAAUGACUCUGUGUUCAGACAAGCCUUUGCAAGCAUCCUGAUCUGCCACUCUUAUCUGACUUGUCUGCUACUUCAAGGCAGGGGUGUAUCUUGGGGCGCUGCUGGAGUGAUGGCCCUGGGCGCAUUUAUCGGGGGGGCACCAACUGGGUAGCAUAAGGAGGACAUAACAGGCAUACACCCUUCAGAUUUAUUAUUUACACCCCGCCCCGCCCAUCUGGCUGUGUUUCCCCAGCCACUCUGGGUGGCUUCCAACAGAGUAUUAAAAUACAAUAGUCAAUUAAACAUUAAGAAUUAAGAAUUGAUGCUUUUGAAUUAUGGUGCUGGAGGAGACUCUUGAGAGUCCCAUGGACUGCAAGAAGAUCAAACCUCUCCAUUCUGAAGGAAAUCAGCCCUGAGUGCUCACUGGAAGGACAGAUCCUGAAGCUGAGGCUCCAAGACUUUGGCCACCUCAUGAGAAGAGAAGACUCCCUGGAAAAGACCCUGAUGCUGGGAAAGAUGGAGGGCACACGGAGAAGGGGAUGACAGAGGACGAGUUGGUUGGACAGUGUUCUCGAAACUACCAGCAUGAGUUUGACCAAACUGCGGGAGGCAGUGGAAGACAGGAGUGCCUGGCGUACUCUGGUCCAUGGAGUCACGAAGAGUCGGACACGACUAAACAACAAGAACAUUAAACAUUAAAAGCUUCCCUAAACAGGGCUGCCUUCAGAUGUCUUCUAAAAGUCUGGUAGUUGUUGUUCUCUUUGACAUCUGGUGGGAGGGCGUUCCACUAGGGCUGGUGCCACCACCGAGAAGGCCCUCUGCCUGGUUCCCUGUAACUUGGCUUCUCGCAGUGAGGGAACCGCCAGAAGGCCCUCGGAGCUGGACCUCAGAUAGCAAACCUGUGUGGCUUGCAGAUCACUAGCUCCGUGCAGAUUAUUCAUUAACCACCUUCUCCCAAUGCCUCACUUUCUCAAAACAAUGUCCAACAUCAAAGAAGGUACUCAUCACUAUCCCUUCCAACAGAUUAGGACGUUAGAGGCUGUUCUGAUGCCGUCAAAGAGCUUAAUAAAAGAUAGGUGAAAGGAAGGAUAACCAUGUCAGAUCACUAACACCACAAAAUACAAAUAUCUUCCAGAAAGAUUGCCCAUAUACAGUCAUACCUUGGGUUACAGAUGCUUCAGGUUGCGUUUUUUCGGGUUACGGACCCGCCGAAACCCGGAAGUACCGGAACAGGUUACUUCCGGGUUUCAGCAGUCGCGCAUGCGCAGAAACACUAAAUCGUGCUUUGCGCAUGUGCAGAAGCGCCGCAUCGCAACCCACGCGUGCACUGUACCUCCUCAAGGGCGCACUUCCAGCCUGUUGUGACAGGGUGGCAUGAGGCGGACACAACAGCCGUGCACCCUUCGAUCCCAACCUUUUGAAUACCCUUUUUCAAACUUUAAUAAAAUCUAGGGGGAUGGGGGAAAGCUCUUCUCGAUUCAGUAUACCCUUCCUGAAAAGCCAUCACGACCUGCUCUCUUCUGAUUUCAAUAUUCCCUUCUGGAAAGCCUUCUUGACAUAGAAUCAUAGAAUCAUAGAGCUGGAAGAGACCACAAGGGCCAUCGAGUCCAACCCCCUGCCAAGCAGGAAACACCAUCAGAGCACUCCUGACAUAUGGUUGUCAAGCCUCUGCUUAAAGACCUCCAAAGAAGGAGACUCCACCACACUCCUUGGCAGCAAAUUCCACUGUCGAACAGCUCUUACUGUCAGGAAGUUCUUCCUAAUGUUUAGGUGGAAUCUUCUUUCUUGUAGUUUGGAUCCAUUGCUCCGUGUCCGCUUCUCUGGAGCAGCAGAAAACAACCUUUCUCCCUCCUCUAUGUGACAUCCUUUUAUAUAUUUGAACAUGGCUAUCAUAUCACCCCUUAACCUCCUCUUCUCCAGGCUAAACAUGCCCAGCUCCCUUAGCCGUUCCUCAUAAGGCAUCGUUUCCAGGCCUUUGACCAUUUUGGUUGCCCUCCUCUGGACACGUUCCAGUUUGUCAGUGUCCUUCUUGAACUCAUGCUCUCUUGCGCUCUUCUCCAGGGGAGCCCGAGUUCCGCUACGUCGCUGGCAUGCACGGCAACGAGGCUCUGGGCCGGGAGCUGCUCCUCAACCUGAUGGAAUACCUCUGCCAUGAGUACAAGCAGGGCAACCCUCGCAUCGUACGCCUGGUCACCGAGACCCGAAUCCACCUGCUGCCCUCCAUGAACCCGGACGGCUACGAGACGGCCUACAAACUGGUGGGUGGCGCAGAGGCACUGGCGCAGGGAUGUUGGCAGGAGAGUGCAAGAAAAUGCUAUGGUCAACCUAUGGGUGCGGCAUGAUGGUAGAUGUGCCUCUCUCAGUCAGCUUGACCUCUGGGUCUCUGCACUGGUGCUCCAAGGGCAUCUGGGAUGUCAGGUGCGGGGCAGUUUAAAACCUGGCUAAGACGGAAGGUGGGACGCGGGUGGCACUGUGGGUUAAACCACAGAGCCUAGGACUUGCCGAUCAGAAGGUCGGCGGUUCGAAUCCCCACGACGGGGUGAGCUCCCGUUGCUCGGUCCCUGCUCCUGCCAACCUAGCAGUUCGAAAGCACGUCAAAGUGCAAGUAGAUAAAUAGGUGCAAGUAGUUAAGUAGGUACCGCUCCAGUGGGAAGGUUACCUUCCCGCCACAGUGGUACCUAUUUAUCUACUUGCACUGGCGUGCUUUCGAAUGGCUAGGUUGGCAGGAGCAGGGACCGAGCAACGGGAGCUCACCCCGUCACAGGGAUUUGAACCGCCGACCUUCUGAUCGGCAAGCCCAGAAGGCUCGGUGUGCCAGUGUGGUGUAGUGGUUAAGAGCGGUAGGCUCGUAAUCUGGGGAACCGGGUUCGCGUCUCCGCUCCUCCACAUGCAGCUGCUGGGUGACCUUGGGCCAGUCACACUUCUCUGAAGUCUCUCAGCCCCACUCACCUCACAGAGUGUUUGUUGUGGGGGAGGAAGGGAAAGGAGAAUGUUAGCUGCUUUGAGACUCCUUCGGGUAGUGAGAAAGCAGGAUAUUAAAUCCAAACUCUUCUUCUUCGGUGGUUUAGACCACAGCACCACCCGUAUCCCUAGAAGCUGAGUAGAGAAGGCAGGAAGGGGUUAUCACGCAAAGCCAUGCCCUGAUGUUCUUCCCUUCCUUCUGCAUAGGGCUCUGAGCUCUCCGGUUGGGCGAUGGGCCGGUGGACAUACGAAGGCUUCGACCUCAACCACAACUUUGCUGACCUCAACACGGCCCUGUGGGAUGCAGAGGACAACGAGAUGGUGCCACACAAGUUCCCUAACCACUACAUCCCCAUCCCAGAGUAUUACACUUUCCCCAAUGCCACGGUGAGCCUCAUCACGGAUCUGCCCCCAUCCCUCUCACCCCCGGGUAUGGGCAGAUGAGUGCUGGUUGGCGCCAUAUUUAAGGCCAGCACAGCUCACAUCUGCCCCACAUCAGUCUGCCUGCCUUCUGCAAGCCUUCAGCGGCAGGGCCGGCUCAAGAGAUUUCAUUGCCAGAGGUGAAGGGCAAGAUGGCGUCUUCUCACAUACAGAAAUUGAAAUAUUGAAAUACUUUAUUGUCACUUGUACAACUUGUAUACAGUGAGAUUACACGAUCACCCCCACUCAGCCCUCUUAGUUUUAAUUCCCCUUGUUUACUGACGCACACCCACCAAACCCGAAAGUCAGUUGCCCUGUUGUUUUCAUCUUUUCAUUCAGCCACCUAACAGCCCACGGAUAGAAGCUGUUCUUUACCCUGCUGGUGCGACUAAUCAUGCUUCUAUAUCUUCUGCCCAAGGGCAGGAGAGCAAGAAAGUGCCGGCCGGGUGUGAAUCAUCCCUGAGAAUUUUCCUCACUCUCCUGAGGCAACGUUCUUCCGCUAUUUCAUCCAGUGGAUUCAUGGGACAGCCCAUAAUAUCUUGUGCUGUAUUCACCACCCUCUGUAGGAACUUCCUAUCCGCUCAAAAUGACGUCACGCGCAUGCCUGGAAGCGGCAAAACGCGACCCACGCACGUGCAGACGCGUAUUACGUUCUACUCAGGAUGCGAAUGGGGCUCCGGAACGGAUCCCAUUCGCAUCCAGAGGUACCACUGCACAUUUGACAACCGAGGUUCCUCUGUACGAACCACUGGAAGACUUGCCAGAGAGAAGGAUUCUGAAUCCUUUGGAGUCUGUGGAUUACAGAACCUUCCAUGGUCUUCUGAAAGAGUUCAUUAAUUUCAUUGUAUUCUUCAGCAGAAAAGCAAAGGGGGUACAGGGCACUCCUGUCUCCAUCUCCUCCCUGCACUUCAGCAUCUGCCGCCCGAGGCAGCUGCUUCACUCUGCCUCAUAGUAGGGCCAUCCUUGCACCGCUCCUCAGGCAUGAAACCCCAUCGUGCACAAGCAGCAUCGGCGCGGUUGCAAACGCCAUGCCUGAAUCCCCGUGACCGGGCUACCUGUAACCAGGGACGUACAGUGGAUGCUCGGGUUGUGAACGUGAUCCGUGCGGGGUGCAUGUUCACAACCGGCAGCAUUCGAAACCCGCGCCUUGCGAUUCGGUGCUUCUGCGCAAAGCGUGAUUUAGUGUUUCUGCGCAUGCGUGACUGCCAACACCCGGAAGUAACCCGUUCUGGUACUUCCGGGUUUCGGCAGUCCGCAACCCCAAAAAAUGCAACCUGAAGCGGACGCAACAUGAAGUAAAAGGUAAAGGGACCCCUGACCAUUAGGUCCAGUCGUGGCCGGCUAUGGGGUUGCGGCACUCAUCUCGCUUUAUUGGCCGAGGGGGCUGGCGUACAGCUUCCGGGUCAUGUGGCCAGCAGGACUAAGCCACUUCUGGCGAACCAGAGCAGCGCACGGAAAUGCCAUUUACCUUCCCGCCGGAGUGGUACCUAUUUAUCUACUUGUACUUUGACGUGCUUUAGAACUGCUAGGUGGGCAGGAGCAGGGACCGAGCAAUGGGAGCUCACCCUGUCGCGGGGAUUCGAACCGCCAACCUUCUGAUUGGCAAGUCCUAGGCUCUGUGGUUUAACCCACAGUGCCAAGCAUACUAACCCUGUUUCUGCCGCAACAGGUGGCCCCAGAGACUCGGGCAGUCAUCAACUGGAUGCAGCGCUACCCUUUCAUGCUCAGCGCCAACCUGCACGGAGGGGAGCUGGUGGUCACCUACCCCUUCGACAUGACGCGCACCUACUGGAAGGCCCAGGAGCUGACACCCACAGCUGACGACGCUGUCUUCCGGUGGCUGGCAACAGUCUACGCCACCUCCAACUUGGCCAUGGUGGACGACGACCGGCGCCUCUGUCACUACGAUGACUUCAUGAGGGAAGGCAACAUCAUCAACGGGGCGAACUGGCACACGGUGCCUGGAAGUGAGUGGAUUUGGGGCAGGGAUCCCACAUGUUAUCUCAGAACCCCACUGUCCCCAGUGGGAUGGGGCUGUUUGUGGACACCAGUGUGCCAUAUUUCAGUUAAUGCUUCCUUAUACUUCCAUAUUGCCAAACUAACAGGGAGGAUAAGAGGAGAUAUGGUACAAAAAGUGAAUAAGGAGUGGGCUAUCUUUAUGGGAUACAUCAAAAUUUAUGUGGGAAAAGUAGAAUUUCUUACAGAUAUUGAGUGAAUCCAGAAAAGGAUUAAAGUGAAAUAAUAAUAAUAAUAAUAAUAAUAAUAAUUUAUUAUUUAUACCCCGCCCAUCUGGCUGGGCUUCCCCAGCCACUCUGGGCGGCUUCCAAAAAAUAUUAAAAUACUGUAAUACAUCAAACAUUAAAAGCUUCCCUAAACAGGGCUACCUUCAGAUGUCUUCUAAAAGUCUGGUAGUUGUUGUUCUCUUUGACAUCUGGUGGGAGGGCGUUCCACAGGGCAGGUGCCACUACCGAGAAGGCCCUCUGCCUGGUUCCCUGUAACUUGGCUUCUCACAGCGAGGGAACCGCCAGAAGGCUCUCGGAGCUGGACCUCAGUGUCCAGGCAGAACGAUGGGGGUGGAGACGCUCCUUCAGAUAUACUGGACCGAGGCCGUUUAGGGCUUUAAAGGUCAGCACCAACACUUUGAAAGGAGAGUAAAGUCAAGAUAGAAGAAGAGAUUAAAGAAAUAAUGAAAUGUGUUUAAGCUAGUUGGAAAAAUAAAGUAGCGUAACAAGAACGGCUGGAAGUCAAGUCACUUGGUGGGUUUCUCGUGAAGGGUAGGUGUGUAGGUAUGUUGAGAUGUACAGUAUAGGUAGGUAUUAUAUAGAGUAAUGUAGGUAUGUUUUAUAUUAUGAAAAUAAGGUAGUGUGUUGUGUAUGUGUAUUGUUUAAAUGUAUAUGUAUGUGUUUUAUAUGUUAGUAAAAUAAAAAUUAAAAAAGCCCUCUGGCCUUGCAUCUUUCCACCUGCAGGUAUGAACGACUUCAGUUACCUUCACACCAACUGCUUUGAGAUCACCAUUGAAUUGUCCUGUGACAAGUUCCCACACGAGUCGGAGCUGCCCCGGGAAUGGGAGAACAACAAGGAGUCCUUGCUGGUCUACAUGGAGCAGGUAAGAAGAAGGGGGGAAGGCAGGACCAGGUGGCGCCCCAUUGAUUUCUUUCUUUGCGCUUUGCUGCUGGGCACAUGGGUUGCUCAGUCUCAAAGGCUAGGUCCUUUCAGUAGAUGUGGUACUAACCAGGCGUCUCGUUACAGACCCGAAGGGGCAUCAAAGGCAUCGUCCGAGACAAAGACACGGAGCAGGGCAUCGCGGACGCCAUCAUUUCGGUGGAUGGCAUCAACCAUGAUAUUCGGACAGGUACAGUUCACAUCUGAAGGCAGAUCCACCCAAAUCUCACUCUAUGAAACAGCACGAGGAAAAAUAAUCUCUAAAAGGACCUGGUGAUGGCAUUUUACCAUUGUACUGUUAAGAGUGUAUUAACUUGUGGUCUGUGUGUGUGGUUUGGGAGCUGCAUGGUCAGGGGAAAAAACAAUGCUGUCCAGGGUUGUAAAGACUGCGGAGAGAAUAAUCGGGUGCACUCUUCCCACCUUGGAUCAAAUCUAUGCUUCCAGGUGUCAUAAGAAAGCUGCAGAGAUAGUGCAGGAUAGUGCGCACCCCGGAAAUGAUCUCUUUCAGCUUCUGCCUUCUGGAAGAAGGUCCAGGGUUAUAAAGGCUAGGACUAGCCGCCUGAGAAACAGUUUCUAUCCAAAUGCAAUUCUGGUUUUAAACGCAGUAUAAGGAGUCUCUGUGGGAGUAUAUUGUAUUUUAAAAUGGGGUUUCAGAGUUUUUAGGGGUUUUUGAAUGUCUUAUGUAGGUUUUUCAAUUUCAUUGUUCUGUAUGGGACAAUGACAAUAAAGAUAUCAUAUCGUAUAGUAAAACAUCCUUUGAAACCCGCACUUAGCCGAAAUGUGCCAUGCAACCUCUCCAACCAAAGGAUGCUUACAGAAAUGCAAGUGGCAGGAGAAAGUGUGCAAAAAAAUGAGUACAUUAGUGAAAUGAGCAUACAAAAAUGUACAACAUUACGAGAAACUGCUUUCAAAAAGGUGCACGUUAGUCAAAACUGCGUAGUAGAAGAAGAAGAAGAAGAGUUUGGAUUUGAUAUCCUGCCUUUCACUCCCUUUAAGGAGUCUCAAAGCGGCUCACAAUCUCCUUUCCCUUCCUCCCCCACAACAAACACUCUGUGAGGUGAGUGGGGCUGAGAGACUUCAAAGAAGUGUGACUGGCCCAAGGUCACCCAGCAGCUGCAUGUGGAGGAGCGGGGAAGCGAACCCGGUUCCCCAGAUUACGAGACUACCGCUCUUAACCACUACACCACACUGGCUCUCAAAUGCUCUUAUUGGGAGAAAUUUGCAUUGAAAUGCGCAAGAAUUUCCAUGAUUUAAAAAAUUUGCAAAUUGCUGCAGAAAUGUGGAGAACAGAAUCUAAAAUGGGGGGCAGGGGGAGGGAUGAGAAAAUGAGAGGACCAAAACUGAUGGAUUCCUUGGUUAAGGGCUGUAGCUGUGGUAGAGCACCUGUUUGGCAUUCAGAAGGUUCAAUCCUCAACAGCAUCUCCAACUAGGGUAGGAAAUGUCCUUGGCCUGAAACCUUGGAGAGCUGCUGCCAGUCAGUGCAGACUGUACUGAGCUGAAUGGAGCAAAGGUCUGGUUCAGGGGGUUCAGCUUGAUGACCCUUGGGGUCUCUUCCAGCUCUAAAAUUCAAUGAUGAGUUGGCUUCCUAUGUUCCUUCCAGCUCUAGUUGCAUAUCAAGGUUCGAGAGGUGGACUCCCUUAGGGUGUUCCAAGCAGUCAAAUGAAAUAGUAUUAAAUGGCUUUUGCAGAAAUGUGCAAUUAAUUGUUACUCUUUUGAAUUUUAUUGUGCUAUUAUCUUCUUUAGUGGGUCGUGCAAACUGCUAUUCUGGAUAAUGCUUCUCAUGCGGUGGUGUCCAAACUUUUUUCAAAGAGGGCCAGAUUUGAUGAAGAGAAGGGCCGCGAGGGCCAACCAAAGCUUUUUUUGUUGAGCUUUUUUUUAGGAUUGAAGUUGUUGAGGGCUUUUUUAGGAUUUUACUACAGGAAAUAAAUUGCCACAGGGGCAAGAUAAAACCGACCAGAUUAGGCCCCUGAAAUGGACUUUGGUCAUGCCUGGGCCAGUGAGGAAAUGUUGAGGAUAGUAGGAGAAGAUAUAUUGAUUAAAUACUAUCCUUCCUCACUCACAGUAGAGAGUUUGUAGCAGGGCAGAUGCCUUUGAACAUUGCUGGAAGCUAGUUGAUGGAUUCAUGAGAAUCAUUUGAGUUAAGCAAUCCAGUUUGGUUUGUCCAGACUGGCUUGUUUCUGGUCAAUCCCCUUUAAAGGUAAAGGGACCCCUGACCAUUAGGUCCAGUCGUGGCCGACUCUGGGGUUGCGGCGCUCAUCUCGCUUUACUGGCCGAGGGAGCUGGUGUACAGCUUCUGGGUCAUGUGGCCAGCAUGACUAAGCCACUUCUGGCGAACCAGAGCAGUGCACGGAAACGCCGUUUACCUUCCCGCCAGAGCGGUACCUAUUUAUCUACCUGCACUGGCGUGCUUUCGAACUGCUAGGUUGGCAGGAGCAGGGACCGAGCAACGGGAGCUCACCCCAUUGCGGGGAUUCAAACCGCCAACCUUCUGAUCGGCAAGUCCUAGGCUCUGUGGUUUAACCCACAGCGCCACCCGCGUCCCCUUUAGUUCAAUCUUAAAAACAAUAAUGACACAACAGUCUUCUUUUAAGAGUAAUGAUAAGGUUUAUUUACAUUCAGUUCACAGUAUGGUCCUGAAGGCCGGCUUUAGCUUGUAGUUACAGUUACAGAGAAAAGCGUGGGUUCAUCCUCUGUGAAGGAUGAGCCCAUGUGCUCCUGGCUGAGAGCCAGCAGACAGCAAAAGGCAUCAAGAAGAGAUUGGAUCAAGAGAGUCAAGAGGAAGAGUGGCUGCAUGACUGGCCCUUUUAUAGGGCCUGCCAGGGUCACGCCAAUCUAUGUGGUCACAGACAGAGGGAGGAUGCUCCAGACCAGGCGUGACAGGAAGUCCUUCUGGCUGGAGCAACAUUCCCCUGUGUGUCCACUCUGGGCAAGCAGGGAAUGUUAUAUUUGACUGCUUCAGUGAUGCUACAACCCACAGGGGCACUGAGGAUGAGUUUAUGGAAGGGGAUGGGGGUUGUCCAAAAAAAUUGGGAACCACCGCCUUAUCCACCUGAAGCUCAAUGCUUCCCUUAACUCCCCUUUUCUUCUCACCCCAUUAGCUUUUGACGGGGACUACUGGCGCCUGCUAAACCCUGGUGAGUACGAGGUCACUGCUGCCGCCGAGGGCUACCAUUCCGUCACCCGGAGUUGCCGCGUCUCUUACGAGGACAACCCCACCCUGUGUGAAUUCCGCCUGACAAAGACACCCAAGCAACGGCUGAGGGAGAUCCUGGCCAAAGGGGGCAAGGUCCCCAAGGAUCUCGCCUUGCGCCUUCGCCAGCUGCGGCUGCACAAACUGCGGUCCCAGAAACGGGCUCAGUGAGGGCGACCCUUUGACUGUCUCCAACCUCUUCCUGGAUGGAAAGCUGCUUCUCAGACUCCCAUUGCCUUCUUCUUCUGAUCUUAGUGGAUUCUUUCUUAAGCCUGAAGGUUUUGAGUUUCUAGACACAGACCUCCGUGCCGUUGGCCUUCAAACUAUCUUGUGAUUUCUGGGCCUUUGGGGAAAUUAGAUAUAAAUCAGCUCCAGAAUUUGUUCCCAGCCCCUCAAGCAAUUGUGACAAUAUUAUCAUCGUCAUCAUUGUUUCGGCACAAUGUUUGCCAUCUUGGCACUCAUCAAGAUCUGUAUAUUUUUAAGUUCUACUUAUUAUGAACAUGUCAGAAAUGGUGCUGAAUUUCUAAAGCAACCUCUUUUGGUUUAAGCGCACCUGUACAUGCCUCUCCCGGAAGCCGUUCCCUUUAAGCUCAGAUGUGCAGAGGCUGGUUGUAGCCAUUCAGCACUCUGCUCAUGCACAAAGAAACACUCAUUCCUCAUUCCUUCACAUGUCCCAGGGUCAAACCCUGACACUGAAAAAAAUGGUUCUGGCUGAGUCCUGAAGUCACAUGAAAUCACGGUUCAAAGCAAUGCCAUCUGCCCAGAGGCGAGCAAGUCGGUUUUUCCUUCCUCUUGAUUAUCAGCCAAUAUUUAGUGUAUGAAUUGAGUUACCAAAGGACUAACCUGCAUGUGGAUUUUCCAUGAUUUGUCAGGAGUUGGUGUCAGUUGAAGGAAAGCUGAACAUAGGGGUGGGGAUAAAUCCCAUCAAUAGGGCCAGAACUUUAGAGAGCUGCUGUCCCUUUAUGAUGGACAUGGAGGAAGUCAGGCCAUUAGCUGUGGCUUCUUCCAUGACUCCAGCAUUCUUCUGGGUAAAGCCUCACCUAUCCCAGGAAAGAAAACUUCCUUCCAUAGAACUCUUAAAAGGGCAGGAACACUCUCAAGGACUGACAAGCUAGUCAAGGGAUCCAAAAACGGCAAGCAAGAGAAAACCCCACAAGGACACCCCUUAAUAAAAUAAUGAAAUCCAUCAAGAACAUCCCUGAACUCAGGAAUGGGGAACCUCCUCAUGUUACUGCACUACAACUCCCAUCAUCCCUGGUCACUGGCUCUGCUUCCUGGGGCUGAUGGGAGUUGUGGUUCGUCAUUGUCUGGAGGGCGAAAGGUUCACCACAUUGGUGCUAACAAAAUGGUUUCUUGAUAGCCCAGCGCCACAAUAAAUAAAUGUUGUUAUCUGGGCUCCUAGCUUCUGAGUUCAGUGGGUGCCUUGCUGCUGAGGGCGUUGUCUUCAUUCUAAGGACCAGAUUCACACAAACAGUGCUGGCUUCCCUUCAAGAACAGCCUUCCUCAACCUUGUUGCCUUCCAGAUGUUUUGGGUUGCAACUCCCACCAUCCCUGAACUUUGGGAAGAAGAUGGGAGCUGGAGUCUGGAGGGCACUAAGUUGGGGAAAGCUGACAUAGGUAAUCAAGACUGAAGGACCGCCGGCCCCAAAAUUUCUUCUUCUUCUUCUUUGGCAAUCACUCGUAGCCAAGUAAGAUUCUCUUCCAUAAACAUGGUUUGAACAAUGAGUCCGUAAGUGACUGUGGAGGCCAAUUCUGGAUCCACACGUCCUUCCACAGUGGGGACAUAGGUUUUCGGGCAGGAGUUGAUCACGGUGUGGAUUUGCCAAGCGUGCCUUCCUCUUAGCAUGUUUCUUCCUUGCAUCCUGAGUUCAAGUGUCUUCAAAGCCCAGAAAGUUCCAUAAUUUAUUACGGCCGUAGGGCCCAUACAGAUAAAAACAAGACAUAAAUAACAGCCUGUGCACAUGGGAAAAAAACAGCCGCUAAAACAUUACUAUAACAAUAAGCUACUAUAAGGUGGAAUGGCAUACUACGCCUUAAUUAGCUUGUGGUGCUCCUUGGCGACGCUUUUGGGUAAGGACAGCGACCAGGAACCUAGCCACUUUCAGGGUCGUAUGGGCAUCCUUAUCCUGCAAGAUUUGGGCAAGGUGGAAUUUUGGUGGAGUACCCUCUAAUUUCUGUAUGAUUGAUCCCAACAAGUUUGCCCGUGGCACCUUAAAUAAGGGGCAAGUGAACAUAAUGUGCUGAAGCGACUCCGGCAUCUCCUUAUCACAUUCGCACAUGGCGGAGGUUUGGCCCUUGAGAAUCUAUGUCUCAGGACAUUGGAGGGAAAAACAUUAAACCUCGCUUUGGUGAAGGCCAGCCUAUGGGCAACAGUCGAAAGGGAGGAGAGGUAUGAUGGAACGCAAUAAGUUAAAGUGAUACCAAUGUUCUGGGGCGAACAAACACCUCCCCCCAGCAUAUAAUUUUGCCAAAGCCCAGUUGGUAGGGCAUGAGACCCUUAAUCUCAGGGUCAUGGGUUCAAGCCUCAUGUUGGGCAAAAGAUUCCUGCAUUUCAGGGGGUUGGACUAGAUGACUCUAAUGGUCCCUUCCAACUCUACAAUUCUAUCAUUCUAUGUUUCGAAACAGAAACCACCAAGCCUUCCGACUCAUCUCUGCUCAGCAACUCAGUUGGGCAACCCUUGAAAAUGGCGGCCCCCAUAGACAAAGUUAGGAAAGUGAAGGAUGCAGGCAGGUUGUGCCUUGAACAAUGGAUAUUUCUCCCUGAGAAUUUUCUCUAUCACCUGAGUCAUUUUCUUGCAUACAAGGGCUGCAGACGGAUGGGUAUUUCCUCGACACCCAGGCAAACCAAUGGCAUGUGACGCUGGCUCUGACAGGCAGGCCCUGACCAGAACAUGCUGUGGUCCAUAGCCUUGGUUUCCCCAGGCUGGUGGGUGGGUGGGUGGUUGUCCUUGCCUCGCAGGGGCAUUUGGGAAAGUGGAGCCUCACUUUGAGAGAACUGUUUAAAACAAAAAUGCUGGCAUUGACGCGUGCCCUUGCGAGUCAAGUGGCAUUCCGACAGAGCGUUACCAAAUAAACCUUUUGCUAUUUAACCUUCCAAA